GUGUGUGUGUGUCAGUGUGUGGCCAGACAGUGUUGCGUGUGGACGUGCGUGCGUGUAUUAACAACCGACGGAAGACAGGAAGGAAGGAAACGGAAAGGAAAAUAAAGGAAGUAAGAAAAGAAACACCCAAUAAAUAUGUAAUGUGAAUAAAGUAAAAAUAAUAAUUAUUAGUAUUAUUAUAAUACAGCCACACAUGAAAGAAGAAAGGAAAGAAAAGGAAGAGAUGAACACGAGACAAGGAAAACAAAAGAACAAAACAAUAAAGAACAACAAGUGAAGUGACAAAACAUAAAGAAAACAGAGAAAAACAAAAGGAAAAAAACGAGAACCUAAAUCAGAAACACUAAAUAUAACAAAAGAGGACCAAUAAUUACAGAAAACAGAGAGACAACCAUAUAACUCAAAACAACAACAACAACAACAACAACGACCACCACCACCACCGCCUCCGAAACCUAAACACAGGCACGUGGUCCCGCAGCGCGCCAAGAAUACCAAAACAAAGCAGAGAUGGGCAGCGUUGGUCACUCCCCCGCUCUCCCCACGCCUUCCCCUGCCUCUCCCACGCUAACCCCGGACAGCAUGGGGGUGGUGGGUGAUGGGAGUGAUGGAGGUGAUGCUGUGUGCGUGUACGUGAAGGCAGGAGUGGAUGGGGAGAGAAUGGGCGCUUGUCCUUUUUGCCAGAGAGUGUUCAUGGUUUUGUUGAUAAAGGCGAACCAUGGACUGCUACGGUUUAAGGUGAUCACAACCAACCCAGCCAAGCCACCGCCAGAGUUCAAGAUGUUAGGACUCAAGCACCUGCCAGCUCUCAUUCACGGCGAGGAAGGCUUUGAUGCUCUUGACGAUAUUAUUCAGUACCUCGACACUAGGUUUCCAGGUGGAGGUCUCGAGUACAACCACCCCCAAGCAGACCUGGCCACCAAAGACUUCUUCUCCAGGUUCUGCUUCUACAUCAAGGCAGUGAACCUGGACUCCACCAAGCUGGACCAAGCACUGUGUAGCCUGGACGCCUUCCUUCAGCGCCCUGUCUUUCCCUCCCCUGAUGCUGGGUUAACUAAUGGCCAGCAUGAGGCUCCAGGAUCCCCAGGUGAGGGGCCCCAGCCCCCCCAGUACCUGUGUGGUGACUCCCUAACACACCUGGACUGUGAGGUGUUGCCCAAACUCCAGCACCUUAGAGUGGCAGCAAAAGCACUCAAGAACUAUGAUAUUCCAACACAUCUGCGUGGAUUCUGGAGGUACCUACAUGCUGCAUACACACACCCAGUCUUCAUCCGCACAUGUCCUUGCGACCAAGAGGUGACUCUGCACUGGCACGACCGCCCUGAGACGCCCAAGCUGUCCCACAAACGCCACGCAGCCAUUGCCAAGGAGAAGCCCAAAUACUCCUUUGAUGUGCCUGUGCAUGCCUCUGUGGUGACUGUUGUUGAUGAGUGAGUGUGUGUGUGUGUGUGUGUGUGUGUGUGUGUGUGUGUGUGUGUGUGUGUGUGUGUGUGUGUGUGUGUGUGUGUGUGUGUGUGUGUGUGUGUGUGUGUGUGCGCUGAUAUAACAAAAUGCUCUAGUCUUCUGUGCAUGUGUGUGUGUGUGUGUGUGUGUGUGUGUGUGUGUGUGUGUGUGUGUGUGUGUGUGUGUGUGUUCUAGUAUUACAUAGUGUUAAGUAUCUAAGUUUUAUUUUCUUGUUUAAAUAGAUUUCUUGUACUAGUCUGUGUGUGUGUGUGUGUGUGUGUGUGUGUGUGUGUGUGUGUGUGUGUGUGUGUGUGUGUGUGUGUGUGUGUGUGAUGUACAGAGACACACAACAGUAGGUCACACAUAUAAAGAAUUGUACAUAACAUUACUAUAAAGUAGACAAAGUGUAAACCGAUAGAAAAUAAAAUGUGUGUAACAAUAUUUAACACAGAGAGAGAGAGAGAGAGAGAGAGAGAGAGAGAGAGAGAGAGAGAGAGAGAGAGAGAGAGAGAGAGAGAGAGAGAGAGAGAGAGAGAGAGAGAGAGAGAGUCUAAGUGAUUACCCUUGUAGAAUAAUUAAAAAGUGUUGAUGUGUCACUACUA